AUGUCGCAGCCAAGAUCGCAGGCAUCUUGGCCGGCGGGCAUUGCCGAGGUCCGCCUGGAGCCGACGGAUAUAUCCCGGACAGAGCUCCGGGAAGAGGUGAAAGGGUGGUUGUUAUUCGUACGGGAAGAGUCCUAUCCAACCUCAACCCCCGAAGAUGGGUUACGUCAACGGCGAGCCUUUAUCGAAAAAUGGGCCACCGCCAGUCAGGAAUUCCGCGAGUCGUACUAUAGUCGUGCCCCAGUAUACGACUCAGCUCUCGACUACCCGGCCUCGGUGCUCUCACAGCUAGCCCGACGACCGGACAAGCGCUUCCUACUAUUGGGGGGGGGGACACAUCCCUUUGAAACAGCUGGUGCUGGCUACGCCCCCCGCUGCCACGUUCCGGAGCUACUAGACCUCCCUGCGCGUACCGCGCUGUACCUUAACCAAGCAGAUUUCCAUGCCCUCUCGAUGACUCGGCGAGGCACGGUGGUGUUCGCUGACGGGCCGGACUAUAGCUGGUACGUGAUCGACACACCAGGGCUAGCCAUAGGGCAGAUGGCUAUAGUUGAGUUUGGCUCCAACGGACAAGUCCGCGACUCGAUCCUCCGUCGACCCUGGAAUAUAGGCCUGGUGGUUCUUUUCGGCGAAAUGGGUCGUCGGGUCGCGGACUUGGCUGAAUCAUCGAUUGGUGGUCCGCCACGGAUCAAUGAACCCUUAGACAUGGACCGUCCUAUUCUUGAGCUCUUAGAGUCAACCCGACAAAGCAACAAAUUCAUGGACGUGGGCUACGGACAUCCGGACCUGUGGCUGCAGAUUAUCGAGAAGAGUGCGCCUGGGUAUCUGGAGCUUGAGGCCCAAGGGCGGGAGGUGGAAUUCGAGCUUAAUGAUCUGGUGCAGUGUGAUGCAUGGUAUUGA